AUGGCUUUGUCUACGCUCAAUGAACUAAACUCGCCUUCGAAGAAUCAUUUGUACAAAGAUAUUGGUCUUGAUCAAUGGCCUAUUAUUUAUUGUGCAAAUUAUAAUAUAGGUUUUCUUGGAAUGGAAAAGCUACAUCCAUUCGAUUCAUCCAAAUGGAGAUCUGUUGUUCGUUUUCUGCGAGAUGCGCAAAUGAUCACAAAUGCAACCAUUGUGCAACCGAACGAAGCUACUAAAGAAGAUUUGCUUACUGUUCAUACAAGACGCUAUUUAUCAAGUUUAAAAUGGAGUAUAAACGUAGCACGUGUUCUCGAAGUCGCACCAAUUGCGGUCUUACCUAGUUUUCUUGUUCAGCGAAAAGUUCUUAGGCCGUUACGAUAUCAAACGGGUGGAACAAUUCUUGCAGGAAAACUAGCAUUAGAACGUGGAUGGGCAAUCAAUAUUGGCGGAGGAUUUCAUCAUUGUUCCUCUGAUCGAGGUGGUGGUUUUUGUGCAUAUGCUGAUCUAACUCUGCUCAUCAAGAAUCUCUUUACUUAUUAUUCUGAUCGAGUGAAAAAAGUUCUGAUUGUUGAUUUAGACGCUCAUCAAGGUAAUGGUUACGAACAUGAUUUUCUCAAUGAUGAUAGAGUAUUUAUUAUGGAUAUGUAUAACCGUCAGAUUUAUCCUCAUGACCAUGAAGCAAAAAGUGCGAUUAAAUGUAAAGUCGAAUUAACAAACCACACAAAUGAUAAAACAUAUCUUCGUUUGUUGCAUAUCAAUUUGGAAAAAUCUCUUAAUGAAUUUCGACCAGAUUUCGUUGUUUACAACGCCGGAACAGAUAUACUCGAAGGUGAUCCACUUGGAAAUCUGAAUAUAACACCAGAAGGUGUGGUGGUUCGUGAUGAAAUUGUUUUCUCGAAAUGCAUUCGAGACAAACAACUGCCUAUUGUUAUGUGCACAUCUGAUGGCAUCGAACAUAAAAGAAUAUUCGUGUUAUUCAGCGGUUCAAAAGGCAAGGACGGGCAUAGCUGGUGUCCCGAUUGUGUUGCGGCGGAAAAGCCAAUUGAAGAAGCAGUGAAAUCGUCACUACCUUCCAAUGGAGUUUUUAUCGAAUGUUUUGUUGGUGAUCGAGCGAGUUGGAAAGAUACGAAUUGUCCAUUUCGAACGGAUAGUCAAACUCGCUUAACGGAUAUUCCAACUUUGGUCGAAUGGGGAACGCCCAAACGUCUUGUUGAACGUGAAUUACUUGAUACCGAGACGAUAAAAAUCCUCUUUGAAGAAGAUUAA